AUGGAUCGAAAAGACCCCAAAGAGCAUGACAACCGCGAAGGGGAAGGCAACGACGAUGGCAAAGAUUCAAUUCCAGAAACCCACGAGGUUCAGCACCGCAUAGCGGGGCUCUCGAUAUCACAAGAAACCCACAACGCGGAUGAUUCCACACCAUCAGGCUCAGACCACUCGACCAAGCCCCAGGAAGAUGAAUUUAAACAGGAACAGGAACAGGAACGACGACGACGACAACAGGCGCGCGUUGAUGACGAGUUAGGUACCGAAGACGAAAGCUCAAGAACCUUUAGGAUAAACACACUCAGGGGGGAUGCUGAUGAACCAGACGAUGCUGAAGAACAGGAAGAGAGCAGGAAUAUCGAGCCCGAUGAAUUGAAGAAUAUCCUCUUUAGUUUUGAAACGCCGCGCGAGGUUGACUUGCGUGUCAAGAUUUCGGGAGACUUAAAUGUUACUAUAUUGGCGUGA